AGUUCUUACUGUACAUUAUGGAAUUCCCAGUCAGCGAGAGCGGAGAAGAAUGGAUGGAGCCUCUUCCUCCUCUCUAUAUCGUUCGAAAAGAAUUGCUCCGAUCUUUUCGUUUUCAACGAUUCUCUCUUCUUUCUCCUGUUUGCAAUUUCAGCUCGGUUUUCUUCUGUUUUGGCUUUCUCGAGGAUUUUAGAUUCUUCGUUACGGUUUAAGCCUAAGUUUAGUUGUAUUGAGUUAAAACCAUUUGGUGAAAUUAGAGUUUUUUUGCUAUUCAACGCUUUGUUUGGUUGAUAUUAUAUGAAACGUGCUCCUGUCUUCUUAGUACUCUUACGGGUUUUGACUUUGUAGACAUUUCCUGUGGGGAAAGUUUCCACGAAUUUAUGUAGGCUUGACUUUUUAUAGUAAUGCAAUAUUCCAUGGUUCAUAACAAACUCUGCUACAAAAGGUGUGACUUUAGUUCAGAGAAAAUAUAUAUUGGCAGAGUCUUGUGAUUAGGUUUCAAUCAUCAUCAAUCAUGUCUUCGUCUUCUUCUUUGUGUCCCCCUCGCCAAUGGAAAUACGACGUCUUCCCAAGUUUCAGCGGCCAAGACGUCCGUAGAAACUUCCUCAGCCACUUGCUCGGCGAGUUCAAUCGCAAGGGAAUCAACACGUUUGUGGACGAUCAAAUCAGGAGGAGUGACUCCAUCGGCCCUGAGCUCGUACGAGCGAUAAGAGCAUCGAGGAUCGGCAUGGUCAUCCUCACCAAGAACUACGCUUCUUCAAGCUGGUGCUUAGAUGAGCUGCUGGAGAUUAUGGAAUGUCGGGAGACUGCAGGUCAGAGAGUGAUGACGAUCUUCUACGAUAUGAAUCCAUCUCAUGUGAGGAAACAGAGCGGGGAUUUCGGGGAGGCGUUCGAGAGAACUUGCGUGGGGAAAACAGAGGAGCACAAGAGGAGGUGGAGGGAAGCUUUGACUAAUGUUGCCAACAUACUCGGCGAGGAUUCACAGAAGUGGGAUAGCGAAGCUGCUAUGAUUUUAAAAAUUGCUACAGAUGUUACUAACAUGCUGAACUUCACGCCGUCGAGGGAUUUCGAUCAUUUGGUUGGAAUGGAAGCUCACAUAGCGAAGAUGAGUUCUUUGUUAUGUAUGGAGUCUAAUGAAGUGAGGGUGGUAGGGAUGUGGGGUCCUGCAGGAAUUGGCAAAACCACUAUUGCCAGAGCGUUAUAUAACCGAGUUUCCAGCGACUUUCAGCUCAGUGUUUUUAUGGAGAAUGUCAAGGGGAGUUAUAGCGGAAAUGAGCUUGACGGUUACAGCUCGAAGUUGCGGUUGCAAGAACAGUUCCUUUCUAAAUUGCUGACUCUCAAGGAUAUGAGGAUAAAUCAUUUAGGUGUGGCAGAGGAGAGGCUAAACUCCAAAAAAGUGUUUAUUGUUCUUGACGAUGUCGAUAAACUAGAGCAGCUAGAAGCCUUAGCAAAUGAACCUCGGUGUUUUGGUGCUGGAAGUAGGAUUAUAGUGACCACUGAGCACAAAGAACUUUUUAAGGGGCAUGGUGUCAACUAUAUUUAUGAGGUGGACUUUCCGUCUGGGGAUGAAGCUCUACAGAUCUUUUCUCAAUCGGCCUUCAAACAAGAUUAUCCGCCGGAAGGAUUCAUGGAGCUUGCAGUUGAAGUUACAAAUGUCACUAACCAUCUUCCAUUAGGACUCUGUGUUUUAGGCUCAUCACUGCGAGGUAAAAGAAAAAGUGAGUGGACAGAUGAACUACCUAGCCUUAAAGCGAAUCUUCAUGGCGACAUUGAGAAGAUGUUAAGAGUCGGCUACGAUAGCUUAGGUGAUGAUGAUAAAUAUAAAUCUAUAUUUCUCCAUAUCGCAUGUUUAUUCGAUGGUGAAGGAGAGGAUCGGGUCAUUCAGCUACUUGAUAAUCGUAACUGUGAUAUUAAAUAUGGACUUCGUGUACUUGUGGAAAGAGCUCUUGUAUAUAUAUCAAGCGACAAACGUGUUAUGAUGCACCAUCUGCUACGAAAAAUGGGCAGAGAAAUAGUUCGUAGGCAAUCUGCUCACGAGCCUGGGAAACGUCAAUUCCUUAUAGAUGCUCAGGAGAUUUAUGACGUUCUUGCUGAUGAGACUGGUACAGGAAGUCUGUUAGGCAUAUCAUUCAACAUGUCUGAAACUAGCGAGUUAUAUCUGGGAGAGCGAGCCUUCCGUGGGAUGCAUAAUCUUCAAAUUCUAAGAUUCUAUAAGAAAUGGUCCGAUAAAACCAGGCUCCAUUUACUUGAAGGUUUGGAUUGUUUGCCUCUACCUCGUAAACUUAAGUUGCUUCAUUGGGAAGCAUGUCCUAUGAAGCAGAUGCCGUUUCAGUUUCGUCCAGAAUGUCUCGUUGAAAUCAACAUGAAAGAGAGCAAACUUAGGAAGCUAUGGGAAGGAGUCCCAAUGCUUAGAAGUCUAAAGAAAAUGGAUUUGAGUUAUUCCAUUAGUCUGGAUGAACUUCCUGACCUUUCAGAGGCAAUAUUUUUGAACCAUUUGGAUUUAAGGAAUUGUGAAAGCUUGGUUAGGCUUCCUUUUUCUAUUUGGAAACUUGGUUGGUUAAAGUUCUUACACCUUCACUCCUGUAGAAACUUAGAGCCUCUUCCAGCAAACUACGCGUUGUUCUCUCUAAGUCACCUCGACACUGGCUCAUGCUCGAAAUUUGUGGAUUUUCCAGAGAUCUCUAGUUCUAUUGAACGUCUCAAUGUGUCCUUUACUCCCAUAGCAGCAAUGCCUCCAUCAGUUGAGAACUGGGGUUGUCUUCGUAAGGUGGAAAUGAUUGGUUGUGAAAAUAUUACAGAGUUCCCACGUUUUUCGUACACUGUCACUAAGUUACAUCUGGAAUGCACAGGAAUAAAAGAAAUUCCUCCGUGGAUCUCGGAUCUCUAUGGACUCAAAGUAUUGUCGAUGGCCUUUUGCACAGAGCUGCUAGAGAUCUCUCCAAAUAUUUGCGAGUUAGGAGAACUCAAAUCACUUAAUUUCAAAGGUUGCUACAAUGUAAGGGAGUUCCCUGCAGAAAUCUUUCAGAGCUUCUGUAUAUGGCAUGAGUUGGAGUUGACAUUGGUGGGCAUUGGCGAGAACAGUUUGCCUACAUAUACACCUGAGGAGACCGAAGAUUUCCCAUUAAGGCUGUAUCUGUCUGAGAAUGAUUUUGUCAGUUUUCCAGAUUCUGUCGUGAAGCAGGUACAAUACCUUUGUCUUAGAGACUGCAGAGAACUUGAGUCGCUCCCAGACCUUCCUGACUCGCUGUCAGAACUGCACGCAGAUAAUUGUGUGUCUCUUGAAAGUUUAUCUCAGUCUUCUCGUUCACCUCACGAUCCAAAGCUCAUCCUCAGUUUCAUCAACUGCUCGGAUCUGGAUGAAGAAGCGUAUGAACUAGUCAUCCAGCAAUGGGCUUGCGGUUAUGCAGUUCUACCUGGUAGUGAAGUGCCUGACUGCUUCAUUCACCGAGCUAGUGGAAGUUCUCUAAUCUUCCAUUUAAACCCAUAUUUAAACCCCUGGAAUUUAUAUGGAUCCUUGAGAUUCAAGGCCUGUGUUGUUCUUUCCCCGGGAGAUGAGCUCGAUGAUGUGCCUUUUUGUAGUUUCCAAAUAUCUUGUUACGUAAGAGGCAGACAUUCCACCACUGUCUAUGAAUGGCCAGAGAUAUAUGUGGAUAGAUCAAAUGAUCCGCUUCUGGAGGAUCAUCUGUUUAUACUCAACUCUUAUUUCACGCUAGAGGGAGACAACAUCCCUGAAAGCGAGAUGCUUUUUGAUUUCAGAUGCUUGGGGAUGAAAGUAUAUCCGGACACCGUAUCCUCCAAUAUAUUGGAAUGUGGUGUACAACUCUUGGAGCCUUGUUCUUGCAAAUACGACGGCAUAGCUCACCCCAAGGUAUCGACUAUUCCUCUGAAGGACGAUGAAGGCAACAACAAGAGCAUUGCAGAGACAGGGAAAACCAAUAAACGAGCGAGGUCAAGUGAUGCAGAGGAAGUAGAGAAGACGAGCAAAAAUCUGAGAGUCAGCAAUUGAGAAAUAUGGGCGAAAAUCUGAAGAGACCCAUAUUGAUGCUUCGUGUGUGUUAUUGAUGUCAUGUGUGACUCUAAUUUAGUUCCUUAAAAGCUUGAACUGUUGUGCUGAUUGAUGGUUGUUAAAUGUUGCUGUCUGUGAAAAGUGACAAUACUUGUUAUUAGGAAGGAAGCGCACUGCGCCUAAUUGGUAUUGGGAGACAAAGUAUGACGGCUGCAGGAGGUGAUUCUGGAAACGCACUAUGAAACAUUGUGAUGUUGACAGACCAGUUCCACAUUGGCGAGUUUUAUGUGGCACUGUGUGAUUGUUAUCUAUGAUGUAAUGCAUCUUAAAUUGUUACAUUUUUGGUCGAACACGCUUGUGUUUGUGUUCGGCCAAGUUGUUCUUCAGUUCUCAUUUGCUUGUGUUUGUAUCAGUUUCCUCUGUGUGCAUUUGUAAAAAAAAUAAGCUUUUUCAAAACUUGUCAUCCUGCCCUAGUCCAAUGGUGAAACUGUUUCAGGA